GAGCGUCGAGUGAACCUCUCGGCCACCAGCCAGUUUCCGGCGCCAUGAUCCCCAUCGGCGUCGGUUCCUUCCAUGGGCCGCCGACCGAGGACAUGCUUGCCAAGCUGGCCUGCGUCAAGUGGUGUGUCCUGGCCACCUACUUGAGUGCCAUAGGAAGGCUGGUCACCGACGAGCCGUUCGGAGCCGUGAAUGACGUCUUCGGAGCCAGCUUCGGCGCCUUUCUGCUGAAAGAGGACCCAGCGCUGGGGUAUUGUUUCCGCUGCCUGCAGGAGACCCCGCUGGGCGCCAUGAGUGAGGGAGGCCUCAGCUGUUUGCUGCCGUACCUCCUCAUGGCGAGCCUGAACUCCCUCUUCGGCAUGCUGCGAGUGUACGCAAUCGCAGUGAGGUAUGGCACACUCCUGCCGUGCACUGGAAGGCCCUUGUGCACGCAGCCGCUGUGGGUUUUGCUCAGCGCACUGAGCCAGCUUUUGUCCUCUUGCAUUUGCUGGAAGGUCUACAAGCUCAUGCAGCUCCAGGCGAUGGAGUACUUGCGGGUGGACCUGAACAUAGGUGGCGCUGGAGGAGAAGGCCGCUCCGCGCAGCCCCUCCCGCUCAUUCGCCCUUUCCAGGUGCGAUCAAAACAUCCAUCUCCCCACACAAGCGAGGGGGAUGGGACCCAACUGUUCUUUCUUCGGCAGAUUUGGACCAUGCUCACACAGCACACAUGGCAUGACUGCCAUGGGACAACAAAGCUCGUCUUGCGGGUAAAGGUAUGAGAAGGGCUUCAAGCAUGGGUGCCCGCGAAUGGAAGGGCUCCUUAUGCUGCCAGGGCACGCCACAUCAGCUGGGCGAGGCUGAUCGGGUGUGAGUAUGGUGUUUCACCUGGAGGCUUUGAAUGCUCCGUUAGUGUUCGUCUCUUGCGAGGCUCGGGAACUGGACCAUGAAAUGGAUGGUUCGUGCUCCCCAAAUGGCGGCCGUGGCUCUGGGAUCAGAUUUCGCUGGGCAGCCUCCCAGCAGUUCGUUGACCCGGCGGCUUCCGG